AUGACUGCCCGAGGUGGAUUGGAGGCUGUUGCGUGGUGGAUUUUGAUGGGGUUGGAGUUGUGUGUCGUUGGCGGUGUUGAGGGCUGGAUUAUUUACAUGGUCUACAACGCCGGCGGUGAUUUUGCGAUUUGGAACUGGUUGUCCCAGUUCGCGUCGCCGGCCCUGAUGAUCCUCCUCAGCGUCUCCCUCUCGGCGGCCCUGCUACGCGGGGUCGGCUGUCUGAACAGGCUUGGGGAUUUGGGGUUCCAGGCGGCCGGUCUUGUGCUGGCCACAUUUUGCGCCGUCGUAGUGUGCGCUGGUGUGAGUGGUGUUGAGGAGGGGCAAGGGGAGAACGGCGACAGGUUGGAGAAGAAGGGGGUGCGGGUCGUCGUCGGGUUGGCUGUCAAGAUGUGGUUCCUCUUCUUCAUUGGCUUCCUGUGUGCCGUGUUCCAGUGGUACAGCGAAGACCGGCAGAGGACAACAACAUCUACGACGAACCAGACGCCGCUACUACCAAAAAAGGGGAAGAAGAAGGAGAGGGGCUACGGCACUACCACGGGCGGAUUGGCGACCGUCGACGAGACAGUUGAGGGGUUCGUGAGCGACCUAUGA